UUUACCUGCCGUUCAUUGUCUUUACGCCAUUUUUAUAAUUCUCAUCGACUCGGCGUGUGGUGUGGAUUUUCUCAAGUUUUGUGAAUUUUAUUGUGCUGUAGGAAUUUGUAACGUGUAUUUUUGACGACCAACACGCAAAACGUGUUCUACGGAAGAGUCAAAUUGUCUAUAAAUCUGUAUUUUAUAGUUUCGUGAUUGAAAAAGGCUUAGCCAUGCCGGGUUUUAGCAGUGCGGGUACGUUCAAAAUAUUUAUCGGAAAUCUCGCCGAUAAGACAGCGAUCAACGAUAUUAAACCAUUAUUCGAAAAGUACGGGAAAGUUGUGGAAUGCGAUAUCGUCAAGAAUUACGGUUUCGUACAUAUGGAGAACGAGACGGAGGGACGCGAUUCGAUACAAAAUUUGAACGGAUACAUGGUCAAUGGCCAGGCGAUUAAGUGUGAAGCUGCGAAGAGUCGUAAAGCACCGACAACGCCUACGACUAAGAUAUUCGUCGGCAACUUAACAGAAAAUACGAAAGCCCCCCAAGUACGGGAAUUGUUUAAAAAAUUCGGCACCGUUGUGGAAUGUGAUAUCGUACGGAACUACGGGUUCGUUCAUCUAGAUACGUCGGGCGAUGUGAACGAGGCGAUCAAAGAAUUGAACGGUACUAUGGUCGACGGGCAACCGAUGAAGGUGCAAUUAUCGACGAGUCGCGUACGACAACGGCCCGGUAUGGGCGAUCCCGAGCAAUGCUAUCGCUGCGGACGUGGAGGUCAUUGGUCGAAGGAAUGUCCCAAAGGUGUGGGUCCCGAACGAUUCCGCGAUCGUAUGUUCGGUCGUGAUCCCUACCCACCGCCGCCGCCUCCGCCAUUCCUGCGCGACCGAAUGAUGGGUCGUUUUGGGGUAGGGCAUUAACAUUAGUCGAGGGGCAAACCAUUUCACAAAAAACCAUUCGUAUUAUAGCUAUUUUCAGGUGAUAACACUGUUACAUUAAUAAAAUUGUGGACCACAUUUACACAAUUUUUGGUAAGUAUUCAUUAUUUUGACAUUAUACAUACCUAUGCCUGUUUGGACCGUAGAUAAGGUAAGAACAUCCUGGAAUAGAAACAACAAUGUUGAAAAAUGUCCACAUUCUGUUGCCAAACUUCUACAGUAAUUUGGAACCCUGUUGUAGACAGGGUGUCCCACAAUUUAUCCGGACUAUGUAUAUCUUGAAACCUGGAAUAUUUUGAAGAUUCUACGCUAUACUAAUGUCAAUAAGAGGAAUUCGUUUAAGCUGGUGGUUUGUCCGGGUAUACCACUUGCUUAUUUUAAAUGACAUAUCCUAUAUAUUAUUCCAUUUUUAAAUUUUACGUAACGAUUGUAUACACUAUACAGGGUGUUUUUUUAUGAAUAGUAUUGGGGAUUUCAGAAAGUAUACAAGAUAUGAAUUAGGUUAAAUUAGCUUUUCGAAAAUUUCUAUUAUUGCUAUUUAAAAAUAGCUAUCAAGUACAUAAACUAGGUCUUUAUGGGCGAGCCGUUUAUUUAGCCGAGCGAGCUUGCG